AUGAUCAGAAUCUACCUUCUUUGGGGACUUCUCUCUCAAGUGUGUAAGUGCAUGUCCUGAUCUCAAAUAGUAUUUUACUGAACAGUAAAAUUGAAAAUCGGUAAAGAAUAACACUAUCUUAUUGGAAUGUCAUAUCUAAAGGUAAUGAAAUAUAUUCAGUUUGGGACAGCAAUGUGACCGAUAUAGCGUCAGGCAAUUUGAAUUGCAGUAGUUUGAUGACUUACUGCUAUGUUAUUCAUAGGCUGAACAUUGUCCAUUUCCAUUUCAAAUUGACAUCUGAUAACAUUCACAUUUUGGCAGACCUGAUUUAGACUGAAGAUGCUCCUCAACCAAUACCAGUGACUACACGUCUAUUUGGAGACACUGUAUCUUUGCCAUGUCCCAAAGCGGAAUCUCAACAAUUCCUGUACUGGUACAGACAAACUGUUGGCCAACUGCCCAAUCUUGUCGCUUCUGUAUCCUAUGGAUCAGAACCUGUACUUAAAGGAGAGUUUAAGAACCCACGUUUCAAAGUGGAGGAAUCUGAAUAUGUGUAUAAUCUCAUUAUCAGAAAUAUCAGCACAUUAGAUGAGGCAACAUACUUUUGUGGAAUGGGGACAAUAUAUGGGAUGAACUAUGGAAAUGCAACAUUUUUGGCUGUGAAAGGUAAUUUAAUUUAAAUUGUGUAUUUCAAUGUUCACCAAGUGUUUUUGUAUAUUGCUAUUGUCGUAUCGGAUGAGUGGUGGCCAGUUAUUGCUGUCAACAAAGAGUCCGUUUAUGCUGCAUCGUGUUAGAGGCUUUUAUUAAAAUCACGAGGUUACAGCAUAAGUUACAGGUGACAUGACACCCGGAGAGUGACGCCUCAGAAUGGCUGCUCGUUCUGACUUUCUUCUUCGUUUUCCCCCCUAUUUAUAACAAUGAUGCUCCCUCUUCUGGCCAAUCCCCAGUCUCCCCUGUCUACAACACACUUCCGGUCUGUGGUAUGUGACGUUACACUAAAACAUAUACUAACAUAAACAACAUUCCAUUUCUUCAUGAAAAACAUUUAACAAAGACAUAAUCUUCAUAUACGAUAUUCCCCCCUUCGAGACGAACAGUCUCGAAAACAAACAGAAUAGGAUUAUGACUAGUAACAAUUUAUCUUAUUGAGUAGGUUUAACAUUAAACCAAAAACAUUCUCCUCUAGAGUGUAAAUACCUUUCUAUGAAAUAUGAAUAACUGUUUAUGAAGUGUGAAUACAUCACUAUCUUUAUGAAGUGUGAAUACAUUACUAUGAAACAUGAACAAAUCUCUAUGGAGUGUAAGAGCGAAAAACUGUCCGGCAACCUUCCAUCCAUCAAUCAAGACAGUAAAAUUCUCUCACGGUCCCUCUGCCCCAGGCAACCACCUUCGGUACUCCAGAUAACCUCAUAAACCAUGUAAAUGCAUUUGAAACUAUGAUGCAAUUAAAUACACAUGUAAGCCCCUGCAAACAAAAUCCUAUCCAAAAACAUCCACUUGUAAGGCUGGUCAACCCAUUGGACCGUACAGUGAACCUCUCCCUGCCUAGCCUCUCUGUCCCUAAACAUUCACGAAAUAAACAAAAACAUCUAAGAUCCUCACAUGUAUUCAAUAACAUCAAACAUCAUUCUACAAAAAUUAAUACCUAAGAAUAUGACACAAAUUAUGUAUUACACAUGUCUAUAUUUCAUUGCAGACACUGGAAUGUAGUCCACUACACUUCAUCUCCCCGUAGUCUCCUCUUCCAAUGGACUGUUGAUGAUGGAAUCAGCCACACCCUCCUUGUUUCAUCUCCUCCAGUCAUAUUGUCCCUUCAUAUUGUCCCUUCCUAUUGUCCUUGUUUGAGUCACAUGUUCCCCCAAAUGCUUCUGGAAGAAAAGAAAAGAAACGACCAAACAGUAUCUUUUGCAAAACAACCCUUUCAAAUUAACCAUCAAUAUCCACUAAGAAUAUAAAAAUGAUAUAUAAAUGAUGUAUGAAUCACAUAAACCCAUUCCCCCCUUUGAUUCAUAAAUCAUACCAACAUCACCCUAAUAUUGAAAAAAAAUUGAAAAAUGAUCAAAUAAUCAAAAAUGAUAUUUAUCCAUCAGUUCCACUUGUCCAUCUUUAUCCAGAUCAGGAACAGUCAACACCGGCAUCUGAGUGUUGUCUCCAGGCAUCACUCUCCAACCUAUCUCAAUAUCAUAGCUUUCUCAAAGAUCAGUAACAAAUUACAAACAUCACACAGUGUUAUCAAAGCUGCCAUUAAAUGUAACCCAUCACUGCCCCUACUGGCCUACCUGAUCUUGCAACCAAAUCUUCUCAGAUCUCCCAAACACAUCCCUUAUAUUCUUCAAUGCAUAUAUAACUAUCUGAACUAAAAGUAUAACUAUUAUCAUCAAUAGGAUCUUCCCAAAUGUUACCCCAUACCAUGGAAAAAGUCCCCCCUUCUCCCUUAGAUUCAUCCUUCAAUGAUAGGCUUGAAGACUAUGACAUGUAGCCAUGUCUGUUUUCAUCAAAUUUCAAAUAUAGCUUCAGAUUUGUGUCCGGUGCUACCCCUCUUAUAAUGGUAAAAACUUCAUAUGGAAGCUUCAACGUUGACAUGUAACAACAUCCUGUCUAUCCAUAGGGUAAGAAUAUAUAUGCUUUAUCACCACAAACCCUCUAAAUAUCUCUAAAAUUCCCCAUAGUCACAUUGUCAGGCAAAAGCUAAUCUUUUAACCAUCAAAGUCCUGCUGUUCCUACUACCUGGAACAUAAAAAGUAACAUAUUUCUCAUUACUACCCUUAAGGUCAUGCUCCCCAAAGUUAUCAUAUAACAUCACAAUCUGAUAUUCCCAUAAACAUACCCCUUACCUCAUAUGUUUUAUUAGAACAAAAACAACUUUUAACCCUCAAUGGUUACACCUCAAAUGCUUCAGUUACGCUGUUACCUGAUUUUACUUUACCAUCCAACAAAUUCACACAAGUUAAUUCACUUAACCCAAUAACACCUAAACCUAGGCUUAAACAAAUGUUUUGACAACGACAUUAUUUUAUCUGUUACUGAUUGUUGCUGAUACCACAGUCAUGACAACGCAUAAGAUUGACACAUACUUGAUAGAGGUCGAACGACCGUCUCUAACAUGUUUGACUGGAAUUCUAACCAGACAAUGGACCCUCAAGAUUCCUCCCUGAUCUUACAGAAUGAGCUGCUGGAACCAAAGAUUCCUACCUGCCAUCUAUCUCUAAUUUUCACAACAGAAGAAUCAAACUACAUGCAUAUAGUUUCUCUCUUCCCUAACGAGCGGUACUGAUCAGAUACCUCUCCUUGUCUGUCAUUAAAAUCAAAGACCUCAUCCUGUCCUCCAUGAUAAAUCUAUAUUCUCUCUACUACUAUCUGUUCUCCUAUUUUAACCCUAUUCGUCUUGCUACCCCCCCUUUAAUUUCAGAAAAGUUGUCGGUGUCAUACUUCCUACAUUUGCUUAUUGCCAUCGUAUCAUUAAUCCCUUCCAAAGUUACCAUUAAAGUAGUUGAUGUAUUAACCUUAAUGACUUCUAGUGCGAAAGUUCCCGUUAUCCUCUGUGUAUUAUCUACUGUUGGAGUGGCUACUGUAACCUACUCCUCCUGAACUCCCUCAAUGACUGUGGAGGCUACAACAGACCUCAACUCUUCCAUCAUAAGCGUUACUUUAUGAAUUACAUAGCCUUUUAACCAAUAAUUCUUAACCGGAACAAAUUCUAAUGCUUGCACUAGAUAAGUACACAUAUAUUCUCCCUGACCUUUCUCUGUAACAUUACGCCAAAUAAGUGAACAGUCACUCCUAACCUCUUCCACUUCAUAUCGUUGUACAAACUAUCCCUCCUUUGACUAGGGGACACCGCUUCUACAUCUGGUCCUGAUAACAAUACUUAUUCUCCAUAAUUAUCUCUCCAUAUGGGAGGAACGUCCCCAUCCUAACCCUAAUAAGUAUUCUUUCCCCUAAAAUUGGUACUGGAGCUAUUGGUUCCCUUAUAAUCAAAUGCGAUAUAUUUAUGGCUUUAAUAACUAUCAAUGUUGAAAGAGUUAAAUUGCUUCUCACUGUUGUUUUAAUAGACUGAAGUGUUAAUGUCCUUAUUGUUGCUUUCAUCCAUUUUCCCCAAAGAAAAGUUGUCUUUGCUUGUACUUCCAUCUAUCACCACUAGUGUCACUUUUUCCCCACUCUCAGUCCUUUCUCUAAUCCCUGACUUUCAAACUUUUGAUUAUAAAAAUACACCUAUAAUUACCUUGAUCUUCCUACUCUAAGAUGUCCUUCACCACUGUUCUCUCUCUUACUACUAACUUUGAAACUUAGCUUACUGUCUUAGAGUUCCUUCCACCUAGUCCUCCUAACUUAUUUUAAUCUAAUCUUUUCUCUCAUAACCUUUAAAAACCUUUUCCACUGAUUUAUUCACAAAAUCCCUUUACCACCAAAUUUUAGAAUACGUGAUUGAGAAAGUUCCCCCACCUGCUUCUGACUUUUUUACACAGACUUGGCAAAACGACUAAACACCUUUUAGCCUAGCCUGAAAUCUCUUAGUGUAAGAAUGUAACCCAGAAUAAACAAUGCAUCUCUUUCCAAUACUGCAAUAACAGUAUCUUCUAAUAUUAGUAUCUUAAGAGUAAUUAACUGUUUUACUACCUCAAAUCCCUAUCCUAAUUAGUUAAUUUUACAUAGUGAGAUGUUUAACCUCUUUAGGCUGAACCCAGAUAAGUUUUUACACUAUUCACUAUCACUUCUAAUGGUCGGUUUUUACUUCAAUUGUUAGCUAUUUUCUCUUCUUCUCUAAUCGAUGCUCUCAGCUGACACCCCCCUUCCGGAUCUUCUAGGCACUAACAAGUGAUCUUCACUUGCUCCUUUAUCUUCCUCUGUUGUUUUCUCCUGACGCAUUUCCAACACAGGUAAAGUACCCAAUCUGUCCACAAUUAUAACAGUCUUCUGAAAGUUGCUGGAAGUGUAGCUGAAAUCUUCCUCCUUCUUCUAAAUCUUCUCGUCCUCUUCCUCUCCAAUUCUGUGUCUGUCCCAGAAACUGGCUGUGGAUAUGGAACAUCUGGUACCCCCCCUUGGCUGGUACAAUUGCAUUUGAUAUUGUUCAGUUGAAGCUGUAACAGUGAUUGUUGAUUUGGUUCAUUCUGAUUCUUCAUAACCAAAGCUUCUCUUCUCCACCAGUUGUAUGAUUGAGUUUUCUCAGAGUUUCUUCGUCCUGUUCUUUGUUGUUCUCCAAUUCUUGGGAUCCUCUCAGCAGUUUCUCCUCUUCUGUAUCUUCAGCUGUGUUACUUCUUCUAAACUAUUUGCUUUAUCCAGGCAUGAUAAACAUCGGUCUAUAUAUCUAUUUCUUCUUUGCUAGUCAUUGUAGGAUAAAAUCCUCUUGAACAUAAAGCACCUUUAAUCUCCAAAUCUUCAUCGCUUUCUUCAUCUUUGCUUUCAUCAGAGAUCAAAUCUCGUGUAUCCUUCUUCCUUCAACUUCCAUCAGAGAUCAAAUCUCUAGUAUCCUUCUUCUUUCCUCUCUUGCCAACUUCCUUCUGAUCACAGAGUCAUCUCCACCCAUGACCUCUUCAUCAUCACUCAUCUUCAUCAUCCUCAUCUUCUUUAAGUUCCAUCCUCCUUAACCUCCCUCUUUUCUUCCAGACAUCACAUUUUCUUCCUUCUGGAGUUUUGGAUUCAUCUUCAUCGUCGUUUCUGCUUGUCCUCUAUCUAUUAUUCAUCUUCAUCUCUUAUGCAACAAUCACCCUCCUGAUGAUCACCGGAAGCUGAGGAUAAACAUCCCUAAGCUCUACUUUUUGCUGAAUCCGUAUGUGAGAAAGGUGUACUAACUUCUGCCAUUAGUUUCUCCUAACACUACUUUCGUUAAAGGAUUACUAUUUUUUCCCCUAUAUCAACCCUUUUAUAUUCCUUUAUUGUGAACUAUUUUAUAUUAGCCUAAUAGCCUAUGGCUUCCCCACUGUAAUUAUUAUUUUUUAAAUAAAUCAAUUAAAAUCAUGAAUAAUUAAAACCAAUUUGUAUUCCUAUAUCACCAAUUUAUCAAUUAGUGUUGGCUAUCUUACCACAACCCAUCAAAUGCAAGUAAAUGUAAGUUAGUCAACUUCAAAGCAAUCCCAAAAACAAAGCCUCUAACCCUUCAAUACUACAAUUCUCCAUAAACCCCCUUGCUCUAUAGGCACCUAAUUAUCUUAAAUUUACAGAAUAAUGUCAGUCCCUUGAUUCCCAAACACAACUCCCAUCAAACCCCAGUGAUACAGAGCCUCCAAAAUGAAAUUUUUAAUGAAUCAUUUGCCAAGCCUAUGUAAAAUUGUCAUAACAUCACAUAUUUUGUUAGGAUGAUUUUGUGAACUAGCCCUGAUCUGAUCCUCUGCCCGCGUCACACCCUUGUCACGUGACGCACGUCAGUCACACGUUAGCCCCUCCUCUCUCCUGUCGUAUCGUAUUGCUCCUCUCAUAUGACAGAAAAACAGAGACACAGAAUCACAUUUUAGUAGUUAAUGCAAUCACUGAGUUAUUUCCAAAACCAUAUUCAAUAUUCCUUCGUCACCCAUUAUUCACUCUAAGAUUAACCUCAGAACUAAUAGAUCGCUCAAAAACAUUUUUAUUUUAUUUUAAUCCGUCAUUUAAUUUAAUGCAUUAUACUUCCGUCAACAUAUAUUUAUUUAUAAUUCAAUAGGUCACAAACAAGUUUCAAUCUUUAACCAACCGCAGUUUAAACUAGAAUACUCGUGUUAAAAUCUCUCCUCUUUGUCUGUGUCCAUUUCUCUGUCUACCCCCUGCAGCCCCCAGAUGGGAACCUAUGACCUUAACCCAUAAUGCAGUGUUUUUGUAGGCUUAGCAACAACCGCAUGUCGUAGUUUUAGUGCCGUGAAACCAAACGUGUCCUAUCUCGUGUCAUAAACUCCCCCUUUCUGUAGUGUAGUGUCGGCAAAAUCAUGCACAUGCGCACAGCCAUUUCAAAAAUACCUUUUCACCGUGGAAGGAAGAUUUUCUACUCCCUCCCCAAACAGACAGAAAUACAGUCCAGAUGUACCUCCCGUUUCCCCCCUUAUAGUCAAACAACAUUUAACAGCGCUCACAAAACAUAUAACCUGAACUUACACACAGAGACAAGUUUAAGAGACUUUAAUCCAUCGCAAUGGGGUCUCUAAGGAUACUCCAUUAGCAUGUAGCACGCAACACAAUUAGCAUUUAGCAUUUAAGCCGCCAUGUACCAUGUAGCAUGAAACACCACUCCCAUUUAGCAUUAACAUUAGCCUUAGCCUUUAGCUAACUGCGGCCUACCAUACAAAUAAAUAUCCUGCAACUGCACCUUAUUCCCUUUAAACAUAUUUAUCCUACCGUUUUUGCUACCGUGACUUAAUGACCAUUACACCGAGAAAUCAAACCCAAUCAAACAUCCCGUCGGACGAGAGUCGAAUCAUAAUCACAAUCAGAUAAACCCCAUUAAUCAGAGUUUUCCCUUUUAAAAAACCCACCGUCUGCCCAUUCUAUCGUUCAACGGAUUUGCCCGGCCCAACAUCUAAAAUGGCCCCCCCUGGAGGUCUUAAAGCGGUACAGUGCCCUAAAGAAUGCGCAUAUCUGCCUUAAUUGUACACUUCAAUACUUAAUUCCUACCGUUUAAUGCUCUAAAUUUCCCAUUGCCUGCCGUUACCAAUGGAAUAUAUUUAACAGACUCUAGUCCAACAGCAAUAACGCCACCCGAGCAAGGUCGUAAUGGUACAUCUCUCCAGUGUACACAAGUCGAUCCAAUCUAACAAACUCCCAAAGCGGUAAGGAAACUUACCCUUAUCUGGCCAUGCUUCAAAGCGAGUUAGCUUGGCGGUUGACUGAAACAAAGAAGAGGCGCAGACCAGUCCCAUCUGGGGUGCCAUUAUGUCGUAUCGGAUGAGUGGUGGCCAGUUAUUGCUGUCAACAAAGAGUCCAUUUAUGCUGCAUCGUGUUAGAGGCUUUUAUUAAAAUCACGAGGUUACAGCAUAAGUUACAGUGACAUGACACCCCGGAGAGUGACGCCUCAGAAUGGCUGCUCGUUCUGACUUUCUUCUUUCUUCGUUUUCCCCCCCUAUUUAUAACAAUGAUGCUCCCUCUUCUGGCACAAUCCCCAGUCUCCCCUGUCUACAACACACUUCCGGUCUGUGGUAGUGACGUUACACAAAAACAUAUACUAACAUAAACAACAUUCCAUUUCUUCAUGAAAAACAUUUAACAAAGACAUAAUAUCUUCAUAUACGAUACUAUACAUACAGUAGAUGCACACUGCCAAUGUGUUGUAGAUGUUCAGAAAAAUUAUAGACAAUCUGGCUGCAGUAUGCAUAGAAAGUGGAUAUCAAUGGAUGCGUGUCAUCAAUGGUGAAAUAAAGACAAACUUGUCAUUUUUGCAGACAGGUUUUUGAAAAUGACAACCGUAGCAAAAGAGUGUAGAAACGGCAGCUAACUAACUUUUUACUGUAAACAACUCUUAAGCUGGCUAGCUAAGCAUUGUGGCUGACUGUGGGGCGAAUAAAUUAGAACAAUUACUGACAAAUAAAUAAAAUGUUUACAGGUAAUUAGCAACCGCACAACUAUUUUCGAACAAACAAAUGCCUGUUUUCCAAACUGCCAUGUGGCCUAAAGGAAUGUUUACCAUUUAAAAUUUCUAUGACGUCUCAACUUUACAAGCUUAUGAAUAAUUAUUUUCUCAAUACAAUAUUACACAAUAUAGGACACAAUCAACCUUUCAUUGGUGCAGCGACCAGUUUCCGCCCCAGUCCAUCCAGGAGACUCUGUGACUCUACCAGUGUACAGUACUCUCUGAGACCUGUACAGGAGAACACAGUGUGUACUGGUUCAGAGCCGGAUCAGGGGAAUCCCAUCCAGGAGUCCUUUACACCCCUGGGAACAGGAGAGAUGAGUGUGAGAAAGCCCUGUGACUCCUCUCCUACAAAGAGCUGUGUCUACAGCCUCUCCAAGAACAACCUCAGUCUCUCUGAUGCUGGGACUUACUACUGUGCUGUGGCCACAUGUGGGGAGAUCCUGUUUGGGCACGGAACAAACCUGAAUAUUGGUAGGUGGUGAAUAUUAUAAGUUAUAUUGUCGAAAUUGUAAGAGAAGGUUCAGUAUUAUUUAAGUGGUGCAUAUAUACAGAGUGUACAAAACAUUAAGAAAAUCUUCCUACAUUGAGUUUGCACCCCCUUUUGCCCUCAGAACAGCGUCAAUUAAAUCGGGGCAAUGGACAAAAGCAUUGUCGCAAGCAUUCAACACGAAUGCUGGCCCAUGUUGACUCCAAUUGUCACGAUCGUCAGGAACAGAUGAGGACCAAGGCUAGCGUUGCAGGCAAACAUACUCUUUAUUUAGCGUCAAAUGACCAAAACAAACAAACGAUAUCGUGACAGUUCACGGUCUAACACAAACCGACUGGAAACAAAAUCCCACAAACACGAAUGAAAAACAGACUGUAUAAAUAUGGCUCCCAAUCAGAGACAAGCCAGCAACACCUGACCCUUGCCUUGUUUGGGAGGCCCUCUCCAAAACAAGAAAAGCACCCAUAGAAACAAAACACUUUGAUUACCCCCUGCCUCAAAAUAACAUGUCCCCAGACCGGCGUGACAGUACCCCCCCCAAAGGGGCCGGACUCCGCCGCGUAAACCAAUCCCACGGGGAGGGACCGGGGGGGCCCAUCCGCCAGGCGGCGGACCGGCUCCGGGCCUGAUCCCCGUCCCUCUCAACCCCCCAAUACCCCGGCCCGGUCGGCCCCGCGGGCCCGAGUGGCUGCACCCCGAUGGACGGAUUGCUCUGCUCCGGGAAAAACAUCUGACCAGUGCCAACCAGGCCCCAGUGGAACAGCAGGGGCCGGCACGACGCGCCCACCCUCUUGGGUGGAGAACGGGCAGGGGCCGUGUGGACUGACAACGCCCCCACGGGUUGGUGUGGGACAGGGUGACCGAACCGGGCUGACAAACGAAAACCACUGACUUGGUGCGGGGAGCAGGAACGGGCCGGGGGGGGGGGCUGACGAAGCGCACCACUAUUUGGGUUUGGGGGGACAGGAACGGCCCGGGCAGACGAAGCACCAGACUUGGUGCGGGGAGCAGGAACGGGCCGAGCCGGGCUACGAAGCCCCCACAAAUUUGGGGUGCGGGGAGCAGGAAGGGGCCGACCCGGGCUGACAACCCGCCCCAAAGCUUGGUGGGGGGGAGCAGGAAGGGGCCGAGCCGGGCUGACAAAGCGCACCACUGAUUUGGGUGCGGGGAGCGGAACGGCCGAGCCGGUACAAGCGCACCAUUACUUGGUGGGGGGAGCAGGAAGGGGCCGACCCGGGGCUGACAAGCGCCCAGACUUGGUGCGGGGGGGCGGAAGGGCCGAGCCGGGUGACAAAGGGCCCACUGAUUUUUGGGUGGGGAGAGAAGGGGCCGACCCGGGGUGACGAACCACCACUGAUUGGUGGGGGACCCGGAACAACGGACCGUACGGGGCCCACACCAUGGCCCUCCCCGGGCUGGAACGGCCGGCCGGGCUGGAAACACACCCCUACCUCUCGCCGUGCCCCAACCUUCCAUCCCCUCUUCUACCAGGGGCCCCCCGAACCUGGCCCCCUCCUCUGCAACCCCGGGACCGUCUAUCGCGGCUCCUGCUGCCCCGACUUUCGUGACCCCCCCCCUAAAAUGUUUGGGGGGGCUCUCCUCCCCGUGGCCGGGCCCCUAAGUUUUUUCGCCCAACUCUCGCUUUCUCCCCCAACUCCCGCAUUUUAGCUCCUCAAAUUGGGUUACCCAGCGAAGCUCUUCUCCUUUUUUCCCCAAUCCACCUUCUGCUCUUUUACUCGGCUUACCCCCGAGGUGCCACGGAGAUCGCUAGGGGUUUCCCCGGCGUGGCCCUCGACUCCUGCUUUGGGCCAUUUUGGUGGGGUUUUUUGUACGUUUUCGUUUUUUUGUUUUUUGAUCUGUCUCUAAUAAAGAGUAUUUUUGCCUGCAAAUGCGCCUUUGGCCUCAUCUCUGUUCGACGAUCGUGACCACCAAUGCUUCCCACUUUGUGCGAUUUUUGGGUUCCUUUUUGGGGGGGUGGUCAUUCUUUUUUACAAAAACUACACUGUUACAAAAACCCAAACCCAUUUAAAAAAAAAACCAAAAAACCGGUGCCUACCCCCCUUCAAAAAACAAAAAAAAAACACCCCCUGUCACACAACAAAAAAACCAAAAAAAAAAACCCCACCACUCACUGUUCUGAAAACAAAGCCCCGGGGAAACAAAAAAUUAGAAUUUUUUGUUUUUUUCCCCGCCUCAGGGGCGGUUCCCCCCCCCCCUCAAUAA